GUCGCGUUUAACUCUAGAUUAUGCGAACGUGAUCGUGCGAAAAUUAUCUCUACCGUGAACAAUCGUGCGCUUCCGCAUGCAAUAAAGCCAUUCAUAUAGAAUCGUCGGUCUUCAGCACCACAAUUUUUCGAAGCGCGUGGUCGUAACGUUCUUUUCACGUGAUGUCAAUAGCAAAUUUCCGGUCCCAUUCUCCUUGUUGAUUAUCUGGCGCCUACCUGUUGUAUACAGUUAUAACUUCUCGCGCAAAGUUAAAUUAAUAUGAAGGAGGGAGGAAGUCGCGGGGAGAGGAAAUUUAUGCAGAUGACUCUCGUCGACAUUGAAUAUUCUUUGUUUCGAGGGACGAGCAUUUCUAAAGGGAAUCCUGCGCGAGACCCAAUGCAAUUUGAGAUCUCAUUACCGCGUCUGGCCUCUCGUUUGAGCGAGUCGUAAGAACCGCGUGCAGUAUCACUCGCAAACAUCUUAAUGUCUGAAAAUCGCUUAAGGAGCUCUCUCUCUCCGGUUGGAAAGCGAGAAGAAACGUUACGCGAAAAAUAUCGUUCAAAGGUCAGCGUUUCCAUCAUUCCUUCGCCCACCGCCUCGUCUUCCGCCAUUUACGCUUCUCGACUCCUCGGGUAAGAGGGCAAAAAAGACGCCGCCGCUUAUCCCGAGUAGUAAUAACACUCGGUGCCAAAGAGAGAGAGAAAGAGAGAGAGAAAGAGUGCGACGCACACUUCCAAAAACACGGAAAUAUUUUUACGCGUCGGAACUUUUGUUCCUACGCUUCUCACUCAUCGUCGCCCCUCGCGUCGGCCGCCUCCCUCCCCCCUCCCUCGCGCUUUCGACCCUCGCGCCGCUCUUUCCCUUUCCCAGCUGCGCAUCCCCACUCCGCCGCAUCCGACCCUCACUCCGCCCCACUCCUCCCGCCCCACUCGCUCUCCCUUCGCUGCGUCGUACUAUGUAUUAUAUCUCGCGUGCGAGCAGUAGACAUGAAUCGGCGGAUGCGCGGCCGUGUCUUCGGGCGAGUACGCGACCGCGUUCGUAGUACGUAUCUACGAUCUCGGCGAGACGGGUCAUUAUCGUCGUCGUUGUCGUCGUUAUCGUCAUCAUUUUCCUCUCCCACUGGGUAGGUUAGGAGCGUCCGUCGAGCGCAAACGUUGCACGUGACCGACGUUCCGUCUCGUCGACGCGCGUUCCUCGAGUCGGCUAAUUCUCGACGGAAGCUCUCACGAUCCGUCCAAGUGCGUCUCGACGCACUUUACGAGUUCCCGUUCCCGAGCACGUCGCCGCCUAUCAUCGUCUCUAUUCCUCUCUCUUUGGUAGCGACGCCGACGGUGACCUUCCACUGUUGAUAUCCAACGUGUACGUUUCAAUCCACGUGCGAUACGUCCCUGAGAAGGUGUGUUGCCCCGUUGUUGUUCUUGUGUUUACGACGAAGAUGCGCGUCUCGCGCCUACGAUAGCGUCGGAUGUCAUUGGACGCACACACGGAUCUCGCUCUUGGCGGAGUAGCCGAGGGAAAACCAAUGAUCUAUUGGGGCUAUCUAGCGGCAUGGCAAGUAAUGUGGGACAAGGCAGUGGCAGUGCUCCAGUGUUGAUUUUAUUAUCGACGCGCCAUCGACAUCGGCCAGUCCCACUUUUAAGAGAAAAGGCACCGUAUCUACAGCCCCCACUUCUCCCGAGAAGUCCAGCAAAAGUAUAGUCGGACGAUCUAGAUUCCGGGGGUAGGGACAAAAGUAAACGGACAGGAGAGGGGCUGGCUCGCAGAGUCGACGAUCAAUCGUCGAUCAAUCAUAAGAGAGGGAAAGUGGUGGUUGGGGCGACGACACGUGGGGAUAAGACACUUCGGGAACGUUCAACGGUUGGAUCCGAGCACGCGGUGUUUCAAUGAGACAAGGAGAUGAGGACGAGGAAGUCGUUGCUGCUGAUCGUUCUGCUUUGCGUGGUGAGCUUGGCGCUCUGCCAGGAGAAAAGGUGGUCGAAGUCGACCACGAAGCACCGGGAUAAAAGCUCUAAGAACAAGCACGAUCGCGAUUACGCGGACAAGACGAGGGAGGAGGAGGAUUCGGAGGAGCAGUUCGAUCGAAACUCGGCCUACAACUUCGGCUUCCUGCCCGACAAGCCCUAUAGAAACAACAGAGCGAUCGACGACUCCAAAUCUAUGGAUGUCGGGAUGCCCAAGGACAAUCAGUCUAGUCAAUCGUCGAAUCUGCCCAAGUCUCACGUGAAAUCGAGCGAGGAGGUGGGACGCGAGAAAGGACGACGACCCAAGAACAUAACUAUCGCGGAUGGCAUUUGUCAAAGCGUAGAUAUCAGGAAUAACGUUAACAAUUUCUCGCUAUUGAAGGAAUGCCACGUGAUCGAGGGUUUCCUUCAGAUCGUGUUAAUGGAGAACAAUACCGAGUCCGAUUUCGACAAUGUCACUUUUCCGGAAUUACGCGAGAUCACCGGCUACCUUCUUUUAUAUCGCGUAGACGGUCUGAAGAGCCUCACCAAACUUUUCCCAAAUCUCGAGGUCAUCCGGGGCGAUAUACUUCUUACGGAUUACGCCUUCAUGAUUUACGAGAUGAAGAACUUGCAAGAGAUCGGUCUCACCAGUAUGACGAAGAUCUCUCGGGGCGGUGUACGCAUCGAGAAAAAUCCCGCUCUCUGCUUCACGAAUACUUUAAAUUGGAGCGUUAUCGUGCCGGCAGGCGAGAAUUUCAUUAAAGAUAACAGGAAUGAACAGAAUUGCCCGCACAUGAAAGGAUGUUCUCAGUGUCCUGGCGGUUAUUGUUGGACCGCCCAACACUGUCAGUUACUAGAGAGGUCAAGAUGUCACGAACAAUGCCUCGGAAAGUGCUAUGGCCCGAGCGACAGCGAAUGCUACGUGUGCAAGAAUUAUCGUCACGACGGGAGAUGCAUCGAAAGCUGUCCACCUGAGUUAUACGCGUAUCUGUCGAGACGCUGCAUCAGCAACGCCGAAUGCCAGAAGAUGAACCAGGUCAGAAGAUUUUCUAAAACGGAAGAAACCUGGCGGCCUUUCAACGGCUCUUGCGUUACUCAAUGUCCUGAUGGUUUCGAGGAUGAUAUCGACGAAAAAAAUGCAACAACCUGUCGUGUUUGUAAAGGUCAGUGCCGUAAGAUCGGAAGCGGCGCUAUCAUACGUCACAUUUCGGACGCUCAGAGUUUUCGCGGUAUAACGGUGGUUAAAGGCGCCCUAGAGUUUCAAAUCAGAAAUGGAAAUCCGAAUAUAAUGAACGAAUUGGCAGACGCGUUUGGUUUAAUCGAGGAGAUAACCGAGUAUGUGAAAAUAACGCAUUCCUUUCCGAUCACAUCCUUGGAUUUCUUCAAGAAGCUUAAAGUGAUCAAAGGCGAAAUUUUGGACAUUAAUAACGCAAGCUUCGUAGUCCUGGACAAUCCGAAUCUCUCUUCGCUCUUCCCGCCGUCUCAAAAGAUAACAAUAGAAAGAGGCAGAUUAUUCUUCCAUUAUAAUCCCAAACUUUGUCUCUCCAAGAUAGAGCAAUUCGGUAAAACGGUGAACAUCACCAAUUUCACAGAUCUCGAAGUACAACCGGAAUCGAAUGGUGAUAAAGUGGCCUGCAAUAUCGUUAAUAUAAAUAUCACGAUAAAAGAGCGGGUCGCAGAUUGGGUGGUUCUGAGUUGGGACAGCUACAAACCAUCGGAAGGCCAGCAGCUGCUCAAUUAUUUAUUAAAUUACAUAGAAACCGAGAAUGAAAAUGUAAUGUAUGAGGCGAAUGCCUGCGGCAAUAACACAUGGCAGAUCGUAGAUGUUGGUACAUCUGGCUCGAACUUGACCGUUUCGAAAAAUGUUACGAAUUUAAAGCCGUACACCAAGUACGCUGCGUACGUAAAAACAUUUACGGCGAGGAAUAAGAAUUCCUUCAUUAGUCCGGUGGGUCAGUCGGAGAUUAUCUUUUUCCGGACAAAGAGCGCGAUACCCUCAGUGCCGACAAAUGUGAGCACGACCGUAAUAAGUGAUAGCGAGAUUCUGCUCAAGUGGGCCCCGCCAGUCUAUCCGAACGGUCCCAUAGGUUACUAUAUGAUCUCCAGUACGAUUCAAUCAGACGACGAAGAAUUAAUUGCUUCCCGCGACUAUUGCACCGAUACCUUGAUCACCAGCGAAAUCGAAAAAGAGGAGAUACACGAGGUGACAAUUAAGACUCCGCUCAUCUCGAAUCCUAAUUCCUGCUGUUCCAAAGAUGCGAAGCUCGCGAUUUCUAAGCAGUUCGAAAUAUUCUGUGAUGGUAAUAUAACCCUCAGUUAUUUGUCACCCGGCUGGAAGGAUGAUUGCGUCUUCAAUACCUAUAAUUCACUAGAUAGUAAAUUUUACGACCUGGCAAAUAAUUUGUCCUCUGCGCAGGACAGGCAAAAAACAGUAAUAAAUGUCUCUUCAAGUACUAUGGGUAGCAAUGUCGUGAUCAAUCGUAUGAACGAUGAGACGGUCAUAUAUAAUGUCACUGCUGAACGUAAUUCGUAUCACUUGAAAGCAUUACGUCACUAUUCUUUAUACACUAUCACGAUCGCCGCGUGUGGUGUGAAGAUGGACAAUAAGACAAUGUGCUCGUCCAUUCAAUACGCGAACGCUCGGACCAAAAUGCGGCCGAACGCGGACGAUAUUCAUAAUGUAAAGGUCCACGUCUCGAACGAUACAAUAGUCGAAGUCAUCUGGGAGUCUGUCAAAGAUCCAAACGCAUUUACAGUCUCCUACACCAUUGAAUAUACGAAUUUGGACGUGAAGGAUGCGAAAAAAAGCACCGAAUGCAUACCUUGCAAUGCGACCACCGGUCGCAAAAGUAUAACUGGACAAAAGUAUAACAAUCAUUACAUCAGGAACCUCAGUCCGGGUAGAUACAGUCUGAGAAUACGCUCCACAUCGCUGGCAGGUGAUGGCACAUUCACCAACGUGAUUUACUUUUCCGUCGGUCUAUCGGAUUACAAUCAGAUAAUUUUGGCGACGCUGUUGACUCUAGUUGUACUACUCAUCAGUAUGAUUGCAGCGACACUCUUUAUCAAGAGUCAUCAGAAGAAACGGACGCAGGAACGAUUGAUAGCCAGUGUGAAUCCGGACAUUACGGAGACCAAGUAUGUCAUCGACAGCUGGGAAGUUCCUAGGGAAAACGUCGAGAUCCUGGAAGAGCUCGGGCUAGGUAACUUCGGCAUGGUAUAUCGCGGUUAUUUGGAGGGCACCAUGCAGGUGGCCAUCAAAACGAUUUCCGAAAAUGCCAGUCAACGGGAGAAGAAUGAGUUCUUGAAUGAAGCCUCGGUCAUGAAGAACUUUUCGACGUGGCACAUUAUCAAACUGCUGGGCGUGGUCUCCAUGGGUAACCCGCCGUUCGUCAUCAUGGAACUUAUGGAGAACGGCGAUUUGAAGACGUAUCUACGUAGGAUACGCGACACCCAAAUGGUACCCGAUGCGUCCAGAAUAAUGAGAAUGGCCGCGGAGAUCGCAGACGGUAUGGCUUAUCUCGAAUCGAAGAAAUUUGUCCAUCGCGAUCUGGCCGCGCGCAACUGCAUGGUAUCGAAGGAUCUCGUUUGCAAGAUCGGCGAUUUCGGCAUGGCAAGGGACAUUUACGAAACCGAUUACUACAAAAUCGGCAAGAAAGGUUUGCUGCCGAUACGCUGGAUGGCGCCGGAGAAUCUUUCCGAUGGUGUGUUUACGUCUGAUUCUGACGUGUGGUCGUUUGGCGUCGUUCUGUAUGAGAUACUCACUCUCGCCGAGAUACCAUAUCAAGGCUUCUCGAACGAGGAGGUGUUGCAUCACGUGUUGCACAAGGGUAUGCUAAACAUACCACGUAACUGCCCCGAGACUGUACAGAAGAUCAUGGAGAAGUGCUUCAAGUGGCGACCGAGCGAACGUCCUACCUUCAUGGAGAUCGUUACCGAGUUGGAGCCAUUUCUAAAUCAGGACUUUUGCGAGAAGUCCUUCUACCAUUCGGACGAGGGAAUCGAGAUACGCAGUCUCGGUGUGAAAAAGGUCUACCAUAACGCCGCACCGAUUCGAUUCCACUGGGGUCACGAGACCGCUAGGUGGGUGAAGGACUUCGAGGACAAUGUGACGCUGCUCGAUCAGAUGAAGGCAGGCACCAGUCGCGGGCGGAUCUUCAAGAACGGUUUCCAGCAUUUUGGUAAUGUAACUAACUUCGAGGAUGUUCCGCUUGAUCGAUGAGAUUAAUCGAGUUAUAUAUAAAUUAUAUUAAGCGAGAAAAUUUUAGCGCGAGAGAAAGAUAACGCCGCUUGAAGCCCUCGUUGAUCACCAGAUUUGCGGAAAAACCUGUAGAUAUUAAUGUACAAACAAAUACUCAGGGCAAUACGCGAGUGGUCCUGACGAGACUGUUGGACGAGAAAAGAUGUUACCAAGUCGCUCGUUCGCCAACGCGGCAACAAGAGCUUCGUGUCCUUCUCUCGUUGCGGACCAAACGUAAUUAGAUCUUGACGGUGGAUAGCAAUGCUGGGAGAGAUCCUCGGGAAAGAUGGUGUUGUGUUCGUAAUAUAAACUAGGCCAUCAAACAAUAGAUAGAGGUAUAUAAGCGCGUAAUAUUUCUAUCUGGAUCAGCUUGCUGAAACCAGCUUCAUAGGUUCGUGUUUUCUUUCUCUUAAAUACGCCCGGAAGUUCUGAGUCCUUUUGUCAUGUAUCGACUGUUCAUUCCUUUCAGAGUUAAUUUUUUCUAUGUCCUUUGCAAACAAGUUCUGAAACAGCUAUUCCCAAACAACGUGCGAUAAUCAUGGAAUUCCAAAAGAUACUUUUGCCAAUAUUUCUACUUUAUUAACAUAAUUUUAUUUUCCAUACUUUUUUGAUUCUGGAUCAAAGAUAUUCAGAAUUUUUCAUUUUUGAUUAAUCAAAAAUUUUCAUUUUUGAUUAAUC